UUUUGCAUCAUUAAUGAUUGGCAGUUGGGGCGAUAAGAUUUCGGGAGUCAAUGGGAUUUUGGUGAGAAAAUCACUCUGAUACCUCUGAUAAGGUGAACCUAUAUAAGAGAUGCGAGAUCAAACGCACGAUAGUCAUUGUUUCACCGAGAAUUGUACUUCCAUUGUGGAAAAUAUGUGGAAGUUUUUAUCUGUUUUCGUCCUUUUUGUUACGUUUGCUUGUGCACAAGCUGGAUACGCAGAUAUAAAAUCCGUGCAGGAUAUUCCACUUCGUCUGAGUAAUACAACUGAACCACUUCGCUAUGAAUUGUGGAUUGAGACACAAAUUCACAAUGGAGAUUUUGCAUUUUCGGGACGUGUAACCAUUACAAUUCGUGCCUUGGAAGAUACCAAUGAGAUUCAACUGAAUUCAGUUGGUUUAAACAUUCACAAUGGGUUUGUCAUUGAAAAUACUGGCCAAAGGAGACAUUUGGUUGUGAAUGAAUUUGUGGAAAGUAACCAAAUUGUAACUAUACCAGUGCAGCAACCUCUUAUUGCUGGACAAGAAUAUAUCCUUGUGUUGGAGUACACGGGAGAGUUGCAGAAUCAACCAAGAGGAUUCUUCUACAGUCGUUAUACCGAUGAUUUUGGACGCAUUUUCUAUAUAGCUGCAACAUCCUUCCAGCAUGUCUUUGCCAGAUGGGCUUUUCCCUGUUAUGACGAGCCUCGCUAUCGUACACCAUUCAUUAUUCACAUUACACACGGAUCCAUCUAUCAAGCUGUUUCGAAUAUGCCAGUGUUUAAUCAAAUUACGCAUGAAAAUGAAUUAACUACCACAACCUUUGAUGAAAGUGUAUCAAUGUCCGUAAAUUUGGUUGCAUUUUAUGUGACAAAUUUCGUCUCUAGGGGCUACACAUCGUCCAAUAAUGUGCCCAUUAGCAUUCUUGUUCCUGUGCAUCUUAUCAAUCAAGUUGAAUUUGGACUAAAUCGUACUAAUGAAUUUCUUGAAAAAAUUGAGACAUAUACUGGCCAACAAUAUUCCCUCCCUAAGCUCGAUAGCAUCGUUAUCAAUGAUUUUGCACACAUAUCGGUGGAAAAUUGGGGAUUAAUGACAUAUGAUUCCAAAUUUUUCCUCUACAACCACGGUGUGACAAAUAUUGCUCAAACAGUGGAUAUUGUGAAAAUCAUCACUCACACCCUCAUGCAUAAUUACUUCGGUAAUCUCGUUGGUAUCCCAUGGUGGUCAUAUACAUGGAUGACAGAAGGAUUUGCAACAUAUUUUGAAUACUACAUCACAGAUGAAUAUUUCCCAGAACUCCACAUGUCUGACAUUUUUGUUGCUUUCAAUCUUCAGAGGAGUUUGUAUGAAGAUUCCUUGCUUUCAACACGUCCAAUGAGUGCCUACACGGAGAAUAUCUUUGACAUUGAUGUUGUCUUCGAUGGGAUUACAUUGAGAAAAGGUCCAGCAAUUAUUAGGAUGCUUGAUCAUAUUCUUGGGAAGGAAACUUUCCAAAAGGGUGUAAGGAGCUUCAUUCAGGAAAUGGCAUAUCGCAUUGCAAGUCCACAAGAUUUAUAUAUACACCUGCAGAGUGCAGCAAGUGAAGAUUAUGCAUUACCUGAAGAUAUAACAAUUGAGAAUAUUAUGACCCCAUGGGAGCACAUCCCUGGCUAUCCACUCCUAACGAUCACGAGGAAUUAUCAAACAAAUGAAAUUGUAGUUAAUCAGAGGAGAUUUCUCUUUCAACAUCAAGUAGAUGAUCCUGAGUGUUCUUGUUGGUAUAUCCCCCUAACUUUUGCAACAUCAAACAAUCCCGACAUGGAGGAUACUAAACCUUUGGGGUGGAUGCGCCGAGGGGUGAAGGAAAUUGUGCUGACAUCAUCGGAAAAUCGCUCCUGGACAUCAGAUCAGUGGGUUCUCUUCAAUAUUCAACAAACAGGCUUCUACAGAGUAAAUUAUGACACGCAAAAUUGGAGAUUACUCGCAAAUGAACUCAAUCAGGGACCACCUUUUAAGAUUGGAAAUCUCAAUCGAGCCCAACUGAUUGAUGACUCUUUCAAUCUUGCCUAUUCGGACGUCAUAGAAUUCAAUAUCGCCCUAGAUAUUAUAAAGUAUGUGCACGAAGAGACAGAAUUUCCCGUAUGGGCAACAGCUAGUAACCAUCUAACGACUCUCAAUCGACGCCUCGAAGGUCCCACACAUGAUUUGUACUUUGGGAGAUUCCUUCGUCAUCUCACAGAGGAUCUCUUUGACAAAUUGGAUGUUUUUGAGAAUGUAGAUUCCGCGGAGAGUCCUCGAAUUACCUUCCUUCGUCCAUAUAUUGUAGAUUUGGCUUGUCGUGCUGGUUCAGCAAAAUGCCUCACAGCUACGAGAGUUCUUGUAAUGGCUGAAGCAAUAACAGGGCAUCGCCUUGUCCCGCAUGAAAAGAGUUCAGUGUACUAUUGCCAUGGCCUAAGGAAUGCCAAUUGGCAAACUUUCUUCUAUUUCUGGCAGAGACUUCACGCUCUUACAAGUGAUCAAGAGCGGCAUCAUUUGGUUAAUGCACUCAGCUGCUACCAGAGUAGUUCAUCUAUUUAUGACCUUCUGCAAACCACCUCGAUCAUUGAUACAUCUGCGGAGAUUCUUUACACCCAACUUGAGCGUUUUAUGAUCUUAGCAACUGCCUUCCGAAAUGGACAUUUGAGAGUUGUAAUAAAUUUCCUGAUGGAAAAUCACGAGGAUGUGGCGAAAACUUAUACAUUCAAUUACCGCAUGGAGGAACUUCUGAAGGAAAUGGCAGGAUUUUUGCACUACGAAGAGGAUGUUGAUGGCUUUGAAGAAAUGCUCAAUGUUUUCUUCGAAGCAGGUCACUUAAGCUCUUUUCAGAUUGCUGGAAUUAGACGAGAAAUGGAGCACAAUCGCAUAUGGGUGGAACAACAUAAACAAUCAAUUGAGAAUUGGAUUCGAAACUUUUUUGAACCAGCUGAAUCCUCAUCUUCAAUUAAACGUUUCACAUUUGCUCUUGUCUUCCUGAGUAUUUUUGUAAAGUUUUUCAUUUAAUGACAUUCUCUAUAAUGUUGCUAAAAUAGAUUUAAAAAUUAAAGUUUAGCAAAAAGGAACUCUAUAUAGUUUCAAUCAAAGUAUUGAAAAAAUCAAUUUUUUCUAUGUAUAAUCUGAUAUCAUAAUUGCUUGUAAAGAAUAUUUAAAAAAAAAAAUACAACAAUUUCAGCUGCUAAUGCCAAGA